AUCAUGGCUGAUGAGCGUGCUGAGCGUGAGACUGCGGCGAUGGCUCAACGGGAAGCUGCUGCUGCCGCCGCCGCUUGCGCUCAAGCACCACCUGAACAGGCUGCACACGGCCAAGCUCCAGUUCCUGGGCGUGUUCCUGCAUGCUUUGGCCCUGGACAAGUCGCCCCGCGCGGCUGCAGCGGCCAUGCCAGCUAUCCCGACCAAUUUUAAUUACAUGGACGAACAGAUGCUGCAGGCUUGGCGCACGGCCAACACCCGCUACGAACUUUGGAAGCAGAUCCGUGACUUCAAGCUGCGGAUUGAUGACGAUGGUACGUCUGAUGGUGCUAGUCACGUUACCAAUGAGGGCACCAACCGACAAGAAUUGGAUACUCUACGGAAGCACAGUAUUGAGACCGCGCUCAGCACUGAAGACUUGGACCGCAUGGGGAAGCUCAUGCAGAAGCAGUCUGCCAUCAAGGCUGCCAAGCGACGCAAGUCGGUCCGAGAAUAUGCGUCUACAUCCUUCGAGAAGCUGGCGUGCCCGCGGCCCCUCCUGGAGGCGCCGCCCCAGCUGCCGCGUCUGGCGCCGCCGGUGCACAGCAGCAGGUUUAGCACCUAUGGCAAGUCCAAGCUUGCGCGGAGGAUCGUGGACAGCAUCGAUGUCCUGUUCUGCAACAUCACGUCAUGGUACCAGGUGACGCUGGAUUUCCUGCAGCAGAUCGAGCCGCCGUGCGACGGGUUCCUUGUUGCUGAGCAUCACCUGCGGCCAAGG